AUGUCCAAGCAAAUCCACCUUGAUAACAAGCGCUCGCCCGUCGUCGACGAGUACCAUUUUUCUCGUCUCAACGAUGCCCUUGAGCCAUAUGCGCGGUAUGUCCUUCCUUGCUCGGCAACUCAAACACCGCGCUCCUCGUCGUUUGCUCUCUUUGCUGAGAUGCCUUGUUCGUCUACAGCGCCGUACAAAGUUGCUGGUCUAGCUGUCGCUGCGUUCGACUCUACUGCACCGUUCCGACGUGCCCAUCGAGCAAUGCUGCCCUCUCAACGGGUUUACGCUAGUUACCACCUUACGUUUGCACCAACGUCCCAAGUCGUUGUGCGUGCCCUCGACGCUCAACAUACUUGCGGACAGGAUCACCAUUGUGAAGACGAAAAGGUCGCCCUCGAGCGAGCUAGUGCUUGUGACCCGUCAUCGGGUACACAUUUCCCCGCAUUUUCGCUUCUGGAUUACGUGAUGGACUGCCCUCCUGUUCCAGGGCAUACGGCGACCGUUCUUGUCCUGCACGACACGCCAGUCCUCGUCGCCAGCUGA